AUGGGGUGCAGGUGCUGCAAAAUGAUACAAAGCUACAUUUUUGAUCCAGAAGAAGUACAAUCACCUGGAUGCAUUCAUGAAGUAAACAGCUACAAACACAAUGAGCAAGGCAACAAUAAAUCCACAUUCAAAGAGAACAGUGAUAUUCAAGAACACAAAAAUGAACCCCAGAAGGAUGAGCUAAACAGUACAGAAGAUAAAAAUCAGGUAAAUAGCGCAAGAGAAACUCUCUGGAACCACAGAGGCAAUGAUUUUCAAGAGGAUGGCCUUGUGAAGUGUGUUGCAAAGCUUGAUGUCGCAGUCAAUGGUGGCAGCUCCUGUGCUGGAGUGCACCCCAUCCUCAAUCCCAGCACAAACCCAGUGAAAGAAGCCAGUGAACAGGGAACCUCCAGCCUGUCACCAGAGUCUUCUUCAGCCAGCAAUAGAGACUUCCACACCAAAUCCAAUAGGUCUGGCCAAGAACUUGACCUAGAGGCAGGCAGGCAGAGGAAUGCAGACUGCAGUGAGCCAAACAGUAUUCCAGAUGGGAACUCCCCGUCUGCAGAAGAUAGCAUCUUUGUCAAAGAAAGUGCAAUACUGGAGACACAAAACAAUGCCAUACAACUGCCAGACAUUGAUUACCCCCAAAAUGGCAAUCAAACCAGGAACUAUGUUGAAAGAGAAAGCUUUUCAGUUGAUCGUGCACAUUCAGACCAAAACGCUGCACCUUCACUGAUACAAGACCAGGACCUUUGUGUGACCCCGCCUUCGCCUACGAAGGAAAGCAGUAUUGAACCUUUUAAAACUGACUCCACAAGUUUGAGCGAGGGCUCUCCCAGUGGUAUCACUGCUGUGGCUGUUACCAAAGUAGCACAGGCACCCACGCACCCCAACCACAAAGGCAUCAAUGGAGAAAUUGAGGAGGAAGAUGCAGAAGUAGCAGCAGCCCUGGCUGCGCUGGAAGCUGCAACUGCAGGAGAAGAUUCGGAUGAUGAUGACGAGUACUAG